UCUCUCUCUCAUAAAGCGUCAAACCUCAGCACACCACUCUAAUUAGGGUUAGCAGAGGUAGUAGCGAGAAUUCGAAGAGGUCGCGCGUGGGCUGAGUAGGUACACUUGUGCUGUCGUUAGCUAGCACGAGGAGUCUUCAUCAAAACCACGAGGCGUGAAACAGGGUGCUUUGGUUCUUUUCUGGUAAGUUUAUUGCAGGAUUUAGUGAAAUGGCAAACAUAGAAAUUGAGGGAAUCUUGAAAGAACUCCCGAAUGAUGGUCGCAUUCCCAAGACAAAGAUUGUGUGUACCCUCGGCCCGGCUUCUCGAAGUGUACCCAUGCUUGAGAAGCUUCUAAAGGCAGGGAUGAAUGUUGCCAGAUUCAACUUCUCGCAUGGUACCCAUGAAUACCAUCAGGAGACCUUGAACAAUCUCAGGAUUGCCAUGCAGAACACUCAGAUCUUGUGUGCUGUCAUGCUUGAUACCAAGGGACCUGAGAUUCGAACUGGUUUCCUAAAGGAUGCAAAGCCUGUUCAACUCAAGGAGGGUCAGGAAGUUACUAUUUCCACUGAUUACAGCAUAAAAGGGGAUGCGGAGAUGAUCUCCAUGAGCUACAAAAAGCUGCCUGUUGAUGUGAAGCCUGGGAAUACCAUCUUAUGUGCAGAUGGCACUAUCAGUCUUACUGUCUUGUCAUGUGAUCCAGCUGCUGGAACAGUGAGAUGCUGUUGCCAGAACACUGCUGUCUUAGGUGAGAGGAAGAAUGUGAAUCUUCCUGGUGUUGUGGUGGAUCUUCCUACACUUACAGAGAAGGACAAGGAAGACAUCCUGGAAUGGGGUGUUCCUAACAACAUCGAUAUGAUUGCUCUCUCUUUUGUGCGCAAGGGCUCGGAUCUUGUUAAUGUCCGAAAGGUUCUUGGGAUUCAUGCCAAGCAUAUACAAUUGAUGUCAAAGGUUGAGAACCAGGAGGGAGUUAUCAACUUUGAUGAAAUCUUACGCGAGACUGACUCCUUUAUGGUUGCCCGAGGUGAUCUUGGUAUGGAAAUCCCAGUUGAGAAAAUCUUCCUGGCACAGAAAAUGAUGAUAUACAAAUGUAAUCUUGUUGGCAAGCCAGUUGUAACUGCCACACAGAUGCUUGAAUCGAUGAUCAAGUCUCCCCGGCCAACCCGUGCUGAGGCCACCGAUGUAGCUAAUGCUGUCUUGGAUGGCACUGAUUGUGUCAUGCUUAGUGGGGAAAGCGCUGCAGGAGCCUAUCCCGAGCUUGCUGUGAAAAUCAUGGCUCGAAUUUGCAUUGAGGCAGAGUCGUCGCUCGAUUAUGGGGCUAUCUUUAAAGAGAUGAUAAAGUCAACUCCACUGCCAAUGAGCCCAUUGGAGAGCCUUGCGUCCUCGGCUGUCCGAACGGCUAACAAGGCUAGAGCAAAACUCAUUGUGGUGUUGACACGUGGCGGGACAACUGCCAAACUAGUCGCCAAGUAUCGGCCAGCUGUCCCGAUCCUGUCGGUUGUAGUCCCGGUUUUGACCACUGAUUCUUUUGAUUGGACCUGUAGUGAUGAGACACCUGCAAGGCAUAGUUUGAUCUACAGGGGUUUGAUUCCACUUCUUGCUGAAGGAUCUGCGAAGGCAACUGAUGCUGAAUCUACGGAGGUGAUCUUGGAAGCUGCAUUGAAGUCAGCAAUAGAGAAGGGUUUGUGCCAGCCUGGUGAUGCUGUUGUGGCGCUUCAUCGCAUUGGCGCUGCCUCGGUUAUUAAGAUUUGCAUAGUCAAGUAAUGUGGGAAUAAUAUGGAGUAAAAUGGAUUGUCUAGAUCGGCUUCUGGAGGCUGCAACUGUUAAGGUGGACCUUCAUUUUGCUUGCUGAUCCUUAUUAAUGCUUUUAAAUUUGCAGUCUUUAUAAGUAUGUUGGGAUUCUAUUAUUUUCCAUUUAGAUAUGUUUUUGGAUGCAUCUGAUCUGGAUGGAUUGACUUCUUCCUACCUGCGAUUUUUCCUGUGUAUGGAACAUAUAUAUGUCUUUGCAGCUACAUUGAAAUAAUAGUUGAGCUGCUUCCUUCUUAUUAUUUUGAAGUUUUGAAA